AUGGGGUCAGCAGAUGAGGGAGGGGAGUUUGGCCUUCAAGAGCUGCUGGAAACAGAAGGCAUGGAGGAUGAGUUGCUGAUGCAUGAGAUGUGGACACAUUACAACAGUGAUGAUGACACAGAGGAUGAUGAUGAUGGAGGUACAGUAGCAGCAGAUGGCAUUCAAGCAGACCAACCAAAUCACCAGGGUAACCCACAACAACAAAACACAGAAAUAGAACACAAUGUAAGUUCAACAACCCAAAAACCACACUUAACUUUAACAAAAAGAAGAAUGUUGGUUGAUGACCUACUUACCUCUGAAAUAAAUGGUAAAUUUGCAUGGGGUUUAAAAAUAGAAAUAGCAAAAAAUCAUGGCAUAAGUAGGAUGACAUUAGAUAGGAUAUGGAAAGAUGCAAAAAAACAGAGAGAAGCUGGGCAUGCCAUAGAUGUGAGAAACAAAAAAGCAGGAAGAUGUGGUAGGAAGCUUAAAGUAUAUGAUGACAAAUGGCUUCAGUCAGUCCCACUUAAUCUGAGGACAAGUAUAAGGGCAUUUGCUGGAUAUCUUAUAAUCCCCCCCUCCACUAUUUACAGUUUACUGAAACGGGGCAAGAUGAGAAGUCACACUAGCAGCACCCACCCAAAACUGACAGAAGAUCAUAAGAUUCAAAGAAUGAAGUGGGUGUUACAACACAUAUUACCAGCAACAAGGACACAACCACCAAAAUUUGUUGACAUGCAAAAUGUUGUGCACAUAGAUGAGAAGUGGUUUUAUUUAAGUCGAGAUAUGAGAAGGUUUUACUUGCUUCCUGCUGAAGAUGACCCUUAUAGUUGCUGUCAGUCCAAGAGGUUUAAGAUAAAAGCCAUGUUCAUGUGUGCCACAUCUAGACCUAUUAAGGACAAUGAGGGAAGGAUGAUACAUGAUGGGAAAUUUGGUAUCUACCCUUUUGUUGAGUAUGCAAGAGCUAAGUAUUCAACAAAAAACAGAAGGGCAGGUACUAUGUUGACAAAGGCAAUUGAAAGUGUUACACUACCAGUUAUGAGGGAUAUGAUAGUUAACACUAUCAUACCUGCCAUAAUGAGGAAUUGGCCAGAAGGUGUGUCCAAAGAAAUCUACAUACAACAAGACAAUGCUAGACCUCACAUUUAUGCAUCAGACCCAUUCUUUAUAGCAGCAGCAACUCAGAAUGGAUUCAAUAUCCAACUCAUCAAUCAGCCAGCUCAGUCCGCUGACUUAAAUGUGCUAGACUUGGGGUUUUUUAGAGCAAUUCAGGCACUACAAUAUCAAUCAUUUCCUAAGAACCUAGAUGAACUGAUUUUAAGAGUGCAGGACUGUUAUGAUUUCUUUGACCCAGAAGUUUUGAAGUACACUUGGUUGCAAUUACAAUAUGUUAUGGUAGAAAUACUAAAGUGCAAAGGGGGGAACAAUUUCAAGAAUCCACACCAUGCAAAAAGAAAGUUAGAGAGACUGGGAUUACUUUCAGAAAAUGUGGAAGUGGACCAAGCUGUGAUAGAUGAGGCAGUUACAUACUUGAAUGACAGGUUUGUGAAUGUAGGAGAAGCAUUUGACUACUUAGAUGCAGCUCAAGAGUAG